AGCGCAGAGCCAACCUACCUUCAACGCUUAUUGUGUAAAUCUUAAAAAAAAAAAAAAACAAUUAGCAGCAGCAUCAUCUCAACCUUCCAACACCGACUCUUUAAAAUAAACAUUUCCAACACAAGGAUCCUUUUUUUUCCUCCAUCAGAGGCGCAGGAAAAGCAAGCAGCCUGAACCAUGACUGACAGAAAAGCAGUGAUCAAGAACGCGGACAUGUCGGAGGACAUGCAGCAGGACGCAGUGGACUGUGCCACCCAGGCCAUGGAGAAGUACAACAUAGAGAAGGACAUAGCUGCCUACAUCAAAAAGGAGUUUGACAAGAAGUACAACCCAACCUGGCACUGCAUCGUUGGGAGGAACUUUGGCAGCUACGUCACUCACGAGACAAAGCAUUUUAUCUACUUUUACUUGGGCCAAGUGGCCAUUUUGCUCUUCAAGUCUGGCUGAGUUUCCGAUGAGUGUCGAGGAGUUUUUCCUCCCUGAAACCUAAAUUGGAAAUGCACUGGUGGCUGAUGUCUCCCAUACACUUAUGACAUACCAUAACGAUGCAAAAUCUGCCGUGCGCCACUGCAUGGACUAUACACUUAUAUAAUAUGUAUGUUACAGUAAGUUUACUUUUCGAUAGUUGCCAUUUGAAUGCAACUGAAGUAGUUUUUGUUGAUUCUAGGUUGUGAAAGAUUUCAAUGUGGCCCUUGAUUGUAUAAUAAAGGAAAGCUCUAGAAUGUAGUGGUUCAUCUGCUUUCCUUCAUGAGACAUUGCCAGACCUUAUUAGAUAGUAACGACAAACCUUGUGCACGACCAUUCAUCUUAAGAUCAUCGUAGGGAAAGUUGACCAAGGUGGGAAAAAAUCUUUUCAGUUACUGAUUUGUUGGAAAAUCUGUCACCCUGACCAAACGAGAUACAAAUCCUCUUAUGUGUUUCUUUAAUUUGUUAAACCUCUAGCUGAGGGUGAAACUUAGCAGCCGCGUUCAGAAAAGAUGUCACAUUGCCGAACACACUUUACACUCUGGAAGAGGCGCAAGUGCGUGUAGGCGUUUCUAGAAAGGUUUAGUUUGUCAAAUCGUAAACUCACUGUGAAGGAUAGAGCAUUUAGGGCUCGCACAAACAGACCUUAGCCUGUAAUAUCCGUCUUAGAAGACUACAGACUGGUUGUCGUGGUUCUCCUACCUAGAUUUAUUUAUGAUCCUGUGUUACUGCAUGUUUGAAGGUUUAUUGCUCACAUUUCAUUUUCUUGCAUCAGAAUUCAAAGUAAAUCUCGUCUUGAAGGCAAAUAAUUAACAUUUUUAGCUUUCAGUCUUGGACAUCGCUGUAACGGUUCUUGUCCCAGUAAUUGCUAAUAUAGCAGGAUUAGAUGAAGCUCAAACUUAACAAGGCUGCCACCAUCUUUGUGUUGCAGAUGGUUGUGUUUUCUCUUGUGACUUGUGAUACUUUGAAACUUGCAGCACCUUAAGUUUUAGUUUUUGGUCGCCAGUGUUUUGCCAGACCAAGCAUUUUAAGUGUUGUGUCCUUAACAGAAGAACAACUGAGAGGAUAAUCUGUUACAAUUUCUUUUAAAACAUUUGGUUUUUAUUUUUUUAAUGUAAGUUUCAUUUGUUUUGUUUUUUUAGAAAAAGGCAAUGCACAAUUUUUGAAUUGAGGAUUUUUGGGAUUGGACAGAUUGGAGGGUUUUGGUCUGUGGGGGCGGAUAACACAACACAUUUCUUGCUGUGCAUAAAGACUGAAUGUUUACUGAGUUAUUGUCUCCCCAUUUGUCAGUUGUGGGUGAAAUGUUUAUCGACUCUUAGCUUGGAUUGAUUUUGUUGUCAUGGGACGUCUUCCUAAUUGUUGUCAAUGUAAACUGAUUUAGCGUUGUUUUCCUCUGGCAUGUAUUCUUUGCGAUGUCUGUGUAGGAGCCGUUCCAAUGCUGUUAAAUUUGCACAAAACUUGUGCCUGUCAUUGCUCUAAACUGUAACUGGCUUGAGUACAAUUGCACUUCAUUAGAUUUAUCCAGUAGGUUGCUACAGAACCAAAACUGUAUAAACCGGAUAAAAUAAAAAAACUCAUUGUUGACUUA